AUCACUAUUAAUCUGUCUCGUAACUUAGAAUCACAGAAGUUUUUGCCCAAGUUUUGACCAGGUGCACAAGAUGCCGAAAAAGAAGGGAAAGGGCAGUAAACAGAACGGUGAGGAAGAGUGGUACGAGAACGCGGAGGAAGCGGCCAGGGAACGGGAGAAAAUGAAAAACAUGAAUAACAUGGCAGCAGAUGGAAGCGGUGAUGACGGGGAGGGAAAUACCGCCAUCAAAAACAAAAAGGAUAAAAAGAAGGACAAGAAAAAGAAGAAAGACAAGUCGUGGAUGAGAGGGGAAGACGUUGAGGAUGACGAGGACCAGAAACUGGAGGCCAAGAUGAGAGAUCUGGCUGUUGAAGAUGAAGAGGAGGACUUGGCUCCGGUGAACGCAAAACCUGCCAAAGGAGGCUUCUCUGCCCUGGCUGCUCUAGGAGAUGAGCUUGCAGCCAGCGAGGAAGAGAUAAUAGAGGAGGAGCCCAAGAACACAAAAGGAGGCGGCAAGGGCAAGAAAGAGAAGGGCACGAAGAACAAGUUAAAGGGAGGUCAGACAAAAGAGAAGGACGAAAUCAUCGACCAACCAGAAGUAGACGAGCAACAGGAACAAAAUGAGAAAGCGGAGCCCGAACCACAGAAAGCAGAAAAAGAGCCGACGGAAAAAGUGAAAAAGAUGACCAAUAAAGAGAAGAAGAAGCUGAAGAAACAGCAAGAAUUCCUGAACUCUAUGAAGCUGGCCAGUGUUGGAGACGAUCUGUCUCAAUUCUCGUUGUCGCAACAAGAGAAGACGACCAAGGGAGCAUUGCUGGAAAACGCCACCGACAUAAAGAUUGACAAGUUCUCAAUUUCGGCAGCUGGCAAAAGCCUGUUUGAUAACGCCACACUCUCCAUUGCGCAGGGUCGACGAUACGGCCUUGUUGGUCCCAACGGUAUGGGUAAGACCACCUUGCUGAACCACAUUGCCACCAGAGCUCUGGCCAUUCCACCCAACAUUGAUGUGCUGUUAUGCGAACAAGAGGUAAAAGCCGACGAGACACCGGCCUUUGAGGCCGUCCUGAACUCCGACAAGAAACGGUUAGCUCUCCUAAAAGAGGAGAAAGAAUUGUUGGCAGAAAGUGAGAGGGGAGACGACUCGCGCAGCGAACGAUUAAAACAGGUUUAUGAGGAGUUGUCGGCAAUCGGGGCGGACUCAGCUGAAGCUAGAGCGAGAAGAAUAUUGGCGGGUUUGCAGUUCACGCCUAAGAUGCAGAAGAAAGCUACCCAGGACUUCUCUGGUGGAUGGAGGAUGCGCGUGUCAUUAGCAAGGGCCUUGUUUAUGGAGCCCACGUUACUCAUGCUGGAUGAACCCACCAACCAUCUAGACCUCAACGCCGUCAUCUGGCUCAACAACUACCUACAGGGUUGGAAGAAAACUCUUCUCAUUGUCUCCCACGACCAGCAAUUCUUAGACGAUGUGUGCACCGACAUCAUCCAUCUAGAUGCGAAGAAACUGCAGUAUUACAAGGGAAAUUACAAUGCAUUUAAGAAGAUGUUCAAGCAGAAGAGGAAAGAACAGCUCAAGGAAUAUGAGAAACAGGAAAAGAAAAUCAAAGAGUUGAAGGGGAGAGGCAAGUCGACAAAGGAUGCGGAGAAGGAAACCAAGGCCCAGCAGGGGAGGAAACAGCAGGGAAAGAAGAACAAAGCAGACCCCACGGGAGAAGAAGUGGAAGCCCUGGAGCUCCUGGUCAAACCCAGGGACUACGUGGUCAAGUUCACAUUCCCCCAGCCUCCCAAGCUUAAUCCGCCCAUCCUGGGCCUUCACUCUGUGAACUUUGGAUAUGAUGGACAAGGGUUGCUCUUCAACCUGGAUUUUGGCAUAGACAUGGAAUCGAGAAUUGCCAUUGUUGGGCCUAACGGCGUCGGGAAAAGCACACUACUGAAAUUACUCAAAGGAGACUUGCAGCCUUUGUCAGGCGAAAUGAGGAAAAACCACAGACUACGGAUCGGCUUCUACAGUCAGCACUCGGCCGACCAGCUAGACAUGGACGAGACAGCCGUGGAAUACCUACAGCGGGUCUAUAACUUAGGCUACCAGGAGGCGCGCAAGACGCUGGGUCAGUUUGGCCUGGUCAGCCACGCCCACACCAUCAGGAUCAAGGACUUGUCUGGAGGGCAGAAAUCCAGGGUGGCCUUUGCUGACAUGUGCAAGCGACAGCCAGACGUCAUCAUACUGGAUGAGCCUACCAACAACCUUGAUAUCGAAUCUAUUGAUGCCCUGGCGGACGCCAUCAAUGCCUACGAAGGAGGAGUGGUACUGGUCAGUCACGACGCCAGGUUGAUCACCGAGACGGAGUGCCAGCUCUGGGUGGUGGAGGACAGAACCAUCAACGAGAUUGACGGCAACUUUGAGGACUACAAGCGAGAGCUGCUGGAGGAGCUCGGGGAGCUGGACAGAGAGGGUGCCUAGACAGAAGCCGGGGGGAGGGGAGGGUAGCCUCAGAGAGCUUGGGUAGCCUCAGAGAGCUGGGGUAGCCUCAUGAGCUGGGGUAGCCUCAGAGAGCUGGGGCAGCUUCAUGAGCUGGGGCAGCUUCAUGAGCUGGGGUAGCCUCAUGAGCUGGGGUAGCCUCAGAGAGCUGGGGUAGCCUCAGAGAGCUGGGGUAGCCUCAGAUGGCUGGGGUAGCCUCAUGAGCUGGGGUAGCCUCAGAGAGCUGGGGCAGCUUCAUGAGCUGGGGUAGCCUCAGAGAGCUGGGGCAGCCUCAGAUGGCUGGGGUUAACCUCAGAGGUAAUGCCACACCCCAGCCAACCCCACGCCUCCUGGCUCUCACAUCUCGCGUCCGAAUCUCACUUACAUCAGUAUACGGAAUGGCUUGUAUUGGGAGCAGUGCUGUGGUCGAGUCCCUAACGGUUCCUUUCCCAAGUCCCUUCACAGCAACGGUGAGCAAUAACCAAGGAAUGCUUUUGUCGCAGUUCAUUUUGAAUACACCAUGACCUAAGACUGAAUGACUUGUUAUGGACUCGACCAGAGUACUGAGUGGGAGGUUUUGGAUUUCAUUUCCUUCCUUGGUUCUAGAGCUUUGCCGUCACUUUUGACCCAGAAAAUAUCUUCCUUAUCACUAAGCGCUCAGUUGUAUUCCGAAAUUCGCCUCUGUAUAGGAAACCGGUGGUCCAUUCUUUGUUCUGAGAGUUUCACAAGUCAUCAAAUCCCAUGUUAAGUAGCACUUGACACGGGACGAAGUUUUUCCUUUCUGAAUCUUGAAAAAUCCUCCAAACUGUUCAAUAGAUUUUGAAAUGUCUGCGAAGGUUAUGGUUAUUGUCUGGUUUUAACUCAAGGGGGAAUGAUUUGCAAUGACUUGGUGGUGACUGGAUUGUUAACCUGAAUGGCAUCUUUCGUCCCCGGCUUGUUUUUGUUUGAAGUUGUCUCCAAGUUUUCAAUAAGCGAAGUGCUCAGAAAAAAGCCGUUUACACUUCUUGAAGUGUUUUCAGUUUGGUAAAAAAGAUCUUUGUCAAAAUUUGUUUCAGUUAAGAAGCAGGAUUGUGCCAUAAAUUAAAACUCAUAAAAAGGUGACCCCUAUUUUUCUGUUAACUUCAAAUAACUACAUGUUUUCCAGUAUCGGUUAAUAAUUUGUUUGGAACGGAUCGGGAAAUAAUCACAUUGACCUGGUUUUUGCUCUUCUUGUUGGUUGAGGAAACAAUAGCCGACACAAAGGCGCAGUCAGUACCUCUCUUGUGAUGUCCAAGCAAGUUGGGAUCAUUUAGGGGCACUUCAGGAUAAUGCAAGACUUCGCAGACUGUCUUGCACAAGUCAUGCAUUUGAAAACAAGAUACCCGUGUUAAAAAUCCUACUUCCCGAACGUGAAAUUCUAUUUAUAUGGGCACGUUAUGCAGAGAUGUAAAAAUCCACUCCAAUAAAAGCUUUUGGUCGGUUGUUAAUGUGGAGUUAAUUGAAAAAAUAAAGUUUUUGGACUCAGUGUGGCGUCCAAGAUCAGUGGUAACUGUAAGGAAUGAUGGAGAAGAUUUGAUGCAUGUAAACAGUUAGAUAGAAGUGAACAUUUCACAAAAAAACCUAUUUCUUGGAGUUGCAUGGGGCUCUGAAUAAAGACAUACAGUAGAAUUUGUAAAAUA